GUAGGAAAUAAAGCCUCGGAGGCGGAAGUGCCGCGCUCAUUUCCGGUUUCUGCGCAGCGGCUGCCGGUCGGAGCUACCGAAGCCGAGCUGGAACCAUGCCUCGCAAGAUUGAGGAGAUCAAGGAUUUCCUGCUGACGGCGAGGAGGAAGGACGCCAAGUCCGUCAAGAUCAAGAAGAACAAGGACAAUGUGAAGUUCAAGGUGCGCUGCAGCCGGUACCUCUACACCUUGGUCAUCACCGACAAGGAGAAGGCGGAGAAGCUGAAGCAGUCCCUGCCCCCAGGUCUGGCCGUGAAGGAGCUGAAAUGAGCCACGAUCAGCUGGUGCCUGCUGGAUUCUCUUCGUUUGUUAAAAUAAAUAAAAAACUGUUCUCGA